AAAUCGAGAAGGUUCCUUGCUCCACCCACCCUCUCUCUCUCUCUCUAUGUGGGGUUAGUAUACUCCCCUGCCCUCUGGCUUUCCUGUUCUCCAAGGAACUUGGAAAACAGCCUCGAUUAGUCUUCAAAACCCACCAAUCAAUCCUACGUUAAUUGCUCCGUGGGAAAGAAUCAAAGCUGAGAUCAAUAGGUUGAUCGGUCUUUGAUUCAAGUGUUGGUUUUUUAGAGAGAGAGAGAGAGGAAGAAAUAGAGCCAAUGGUAGAAGAAUCGAAGCAUACCCAAUAUCAAUGGAUGACAACUGAGCAAUCCUCGAGAGUGGAAAUUGACGACACCGUUACGUUGAUGUCGGAAUCCAUAAUCUUGAGAGAAGGAAUGGAAGCUUCUCCUUCUCCUUCUCCUCGGCAGCCUCAACAUUUGAAUAACAACAGGACAUCUGAUGGCAAAUUGGGGUUGCCGGAGCGAGCCUUCUCUGCCGCCGGUGCUGCGUUCCUUUCGGCCAUUCUAGUCAACCCACUUGACGUUGUCAAGACAAGAUUGCAAACACAGGCUGCUGGAGUUCCUUACUCGCAUCCACUGAGCAAUCUUACGAGUCGCAUGGCAGUUUUCGGACCAAAUAUGAUGUUUGCAGAUCUAAGGUGUUCUCCGUCAUGUGCCCGAGCUGGCGUUCAUGGCACCGUAGCAAUUUGCCCUCCUGAUUGUUUCCAGUAUAAAGGAACACUGGAUGUCUUCUACAAAAUAAUCCGACAGGAAGGAUUUGCAAGGUUAUGGAGAGGCACAAAUGCAGGCCUAGCACUGGCUGUACCCACUGUGGGUAUCUAUCUGCCUUGCUAUGAUGUUUUCCGUAACCAGUUAGAGGAAUUCACUGGACAGAAUGCUCCAAGCAUGUUGCCUUAUACCCCUUUAGUAGCAGGCUCAUUGGCACGAUCAUUAGCUUGCACAAGCUGCUACCCUAUUGAACUUGCUAAAACUCGCAUGCAGGCAUUCAAGGAGAUUCACAAGGGUAAGAAGCCUCCUGGUGUCUGGAAGACAUUAAUGGAGGUUAUUCCCCAUGUCAAGAGCACAACUAACCUUCAGAACAACUUGCAAAGCUACCGUGUCCUAUGGACGGGCCUUGGGGCACAGCUCUCUCGUGAUGUGCCUUUCUCUGCUAUUUGUUGGUCGACCCUUGAGCCGAUGAGAAGACGACUUCUUGGUCUGGUGGGUGAGGAAGCCAAUGCAGCCAGUGUGCUUGGUGCAAAUUUCUCUGCUGGUUUUGUUGCAGGAAGCCUUGCUGCUGCUGCUACAUGUCCACUUGAUGUUGCGAAAACCAGAAGGCAAAUUGAGAAAGAUCAUGCCAGGGCAUUGAGGAUGACAACGAGACAAACGCUGAUGGAGGUUUGGAGGGAUGGCGGGAUGAAAGGACUAUUCACGGGUGUUGGUCCUCGUGUUGGCCGUGCAGGACCUUCUGUGGGCAUUGUGGUUUCGUUUUAUGAAGUUGUGAAAUAUGUUCUGCAUCAUCAGUAUGCUACUUAAUGAUAAUAUUGUGGAAGCUGCUCAAACCCAUAUGUGGAGGUAGACCCACUUCUUCGUGGUAUAACCGUACCAUGGCCUCGUAUUUAGUAUACACACGCAUACAGAUGAGCGGUUUUGUUCAUGGUAAAUGCUCAUCACAACACCACAUAGCACAGGAAAUACUCUCUCUUCUCUUUUUCCACCACUUCUGGUGCCUGUUUAGUUGUAGUUCAAGUUUUAGAUGCAGAAGAGAUUUUGACACAUUGUGUUGCAAUCAAUUUUUACCGAGUUAAUCUCAGUUUUUCUUAAUUUAUCUUUUCUAAUUCUUAUUGUCGAUUGCUUUGGGGAUAUUGAUGGAC